UGAGAAGUUACCUUGGGAAAAAACUCCAGAGGAAAACGCGGAGGCCGUUCAGGCCGAGGUGAAGAAAUUUUUUGCACCGAAAGUGCCAGAGAUACCUUUCGAGAAGACACUAGAUCGGGAGAAAGUUGUGCGUACCGUUGACAAUCUAUAUGACCCUGUACCAUCGCCGCCAUCUGACUAUGCGCGUUCUAUUGAAAGGUCGUAUGACAAGAUGAUCGAGGCGACAAAACCCGUUAAAUCGGGUAUCAGGGAGAUAAAAGGGAUACACAGUGUCUACCAGCUCGGACAACAACCCGUUCAAUCGGUCGCCCCUCUCAAGGUGUUGGACGGGAAGACCGUUCAAAGUUCUCGACAAGACGCAACUGAUUACGCCUUAGCUGAACGAGCAUAUCAGUUUGUUCAAGGGAAAGAUUUGGUCGAGAAUCUCAGGAAGGUACCAACAUGUAUGCGUAACUUGCAUUCGUGGUACCUUAAGGCCUCAAAGGAAGGGAUCGAGACUAUCAUGGUGCGAGUUAGGGAAGAGCACUACUUCCAGGAGUACUGUGUGAACGUUGACUUCGCCGAACUCUUUCAGUUAUACAAUCUCCGGGCCCUCGACAAAUCAAUCAUCAGUUGCUAUUGUCUAUCGAAGAUGCUCGAAUGCAAAAGGGACGAUAUCACAGACAUUGGGUUCAUUGACCCGAACACAAUGCAUGUCAAAACCAUAGAUGAUCCCCUCUAUAACAAGGAUACACCGCAGACUUUGCUAAGGUUUUUGAAGCGACAACGUGACAAAAAGCUAAUACUUUGGCCUUACAACUUCGAGUUUCACUUUAUUCUUCUCGUCAUCAAUUUGGAAAUUGGAGAAGUUGAAGUCUUGGACUCACUAAGCAAAGAAAAGGAUCUAUACGUGUCUUGUUUUUUAAUGCUCAGAAGCGUAUGGCAAACUUUCAUCAAGGAAGAUACGUCCCGUGAAUGGCCACCGAAGCUGCGAUGGCGUGCGAAAAAAUGCCCGCAACAACCUCCGGGGACCGAUCUCUGUGGAUUCUUCGUUUGCGAGUACAUCCGCAGAAUUGUCAACGAGAGAACGAAUAAUGAAAGAAAUAAAGAGUUGGCAAGAAAGCGGAACAAGCUCUCAAUUGAUGACCGCUUCAUAGCAAUAGGCGAGGAAUUGGCGGGAUUUUUCCUUCGGGACGUCAUACCACCACUCGCAGAGCACCACAAUGAAUGAAGAUGUACAUGUUACAUAUAUCGUUGACUCGAAGAGUACCACUAUGCUACAUGUAAUAGACAUAUAUAGAGUACGCCUCGGAGAGCACCACUAUGCAUGAAGAUCGAUCUUCAUGCAUAGUGCUACUUAAUUUGCGAUCUCAUGCAAUAACAUGUGUGUUAUAUUAUAUGCACCAACUUGCUAUGCAUCAUCUUGAUCUUCAUGUACUACCUAAACCCAAACGCGUUUCUGGUGCAUCGACGCGAUAUGAAUCAAACCGAUAUCCCUAAACCUCUCCAAAACCCUAAAAAGCCAAUUCUCUGCCGCGGCAGAGAUUUGGGAAAAUUCCCUGCCGCGGGGGGAACCUUUGGUACCGGUUCGUAUUACCAACCGGUACCAAAGAUCCUUAGCCCUGAGCUCUCCUGGUGGCCCACGUGGAGGCCCGUUUUAUACCGGUUCGUAAGCAACCGGUACGAAAGAGGGGGGGGCUUUAGUGCCGAAUAAUUUGUACCGGUUGCAAAACCGGUACGAAUGGCCCUCUGGAACCGGUAUAGAUGAGCGUUUUUC